AUGCCCAUCCCACUCAUCACCUUCAGGGCGGGUCGGUGUGACAUCGACACCAGCUCCGGCCGACCGUACAAAGUGAAGCCACUGCCCGAGCCUGGCUACCUUUCCGUUCACUAUGAGGACGAGCUCAUUAGAUUCUGCUGGCGAAAGCGCGACACGUAUCUCGAUAAUGCCGAGCUCGAUCUCUACUUGGUGCCUACUGACGGUACCUUUGGCCCAUACGAGUACAAAACAGGUUCCCAGCCAACGUCAAAGACCAAUGGCCGCAUAUUCGUCCUCAAAUUUGCCUCAUCCUCACAGCGCUACCUCUUCUGGAUGCAGUCGAAACCUCAGGGCAGCGGCACCGACGCCAGCUACUUUAGCCCUCGCGACCGCCGCAUUGGCGAGGCCGUGAACCGUAUCCUGCAAGGCGAGGACCUCCAUCCUGGAGAAGUUGAGGCGAUGCAAAACAUGAAUCGCGACAACGAUGACGACGAAACCAUGGAAGACGUCGAAGGUCAGAAUUCAGGAUCCCACCCACGUCACGGAAGCGGCGGUGCCGGCGCUGGCGCUACAGGAGGAGAUGUUAGAGAAGAGGGCGAGGAAUCGAGAGAGGGCGGUUCCGAUGGAGCGAGAGCGGCUUCAAAUGAUGCUACAGAUGCGAGCGCUGCCGUUCAGAGAUUCUUGAGCUCCAUUUCGGGAGCCAAUCUACCAAGCGGUCCAGGACAGAGACAGCACGCUGAUUUGCCAUACCCCUAUCUCAGUCAUCUCCUGCCUACUUCAAUUACCGUCCCCAUGGUAAAUGAAGCGUCCGAAGACUUUGUUAACUCACUUCUCAACUACCUGCCUUCGUCGAUUAUUGUCAUGGCCGCAGACGCUUCAAGUGGUGAAGACAGUACAGCAGAGCCCGCACCAGCGGCUGUUGAGGCGGCCAAGGCGGCUCUAUCCAUGCCUCAGAAACGGACAUUAGUUACGAGAGUGCUGCGCAGCCCCCAGUUUCACCAAGCCCUCGGAGCCUUGACAAUGGCCCUUCGAGAUGGUGGACUACCCACCAUUGCUGAUGCCCUCGGAGUUCAUGUCGAGAAUAGCGGUUACAUUCAGCAGGGAGGUAUGCCGUUGGGCGGUGGCCAUGCAGUCAAGGCUUUUGUCGAUGGUAUUGCCAAGUCAGCUAAGGAGCAGCAAAAUUAA